UCUGUCUCUCACGGUCAACAACUCUUCCUUGCAGUAUUCCCACGAAUUGCAAUGGGAAAUAAAAAGGAUACUCAGAAGGUCAAGGACACCAAGACCAACUUCAGGUGGUCACAACCAAUGCAGAAUUUAUUACUUGAGAUACUUGCAGAUGAGGCUCUUCAUGGAAACAAGCAAUCCAACACAUUUAAACAUGCAUCAUAUGCUAAAGUAGCUGAAGCAAUUACUGAGAAAUUUAUGACUGAAUGUACUCCAAAGCAUGUGGAACAUCGCUUUAAAACACUUAAAACCAAUUGGAAUACAAUUGCAUUACUUCGUAAUAAGAAAAGUGGGUUUGGAUGGAAUGAUGAUUUGAAAAUGAUCACCUGUGAUAGGACAGUGUAUGAUGAAGAAGUCGAGGCACAUCCAAAUCAUGCACAAUUUCUAAACAAGAAAAUUGAGAUGUUUGAUGAGAUGGCUUUGGUUGUGGGUAAGGAUAUGGCUACAGGAGGUUUUUCCAAGGGAGUAGGUGAUAUAGGUGUAGAAGCAUUGGAUGACUCACCUCCGCUUGUUGAUGCUGAUGUUGAUGACAUAUCCAAAAAGAAGCAAGUUGAUCCCUCACAUGUGGCCUCAAAUGAAACAAGGUCUCACAGGAAACGAAGUCAUGCUACUAUGAUUGAAGAUGCUGUUUACCAAGAUUUGUCCAUACAACUUGGUAAGGUUGCUUCUGCAAUAGAAAAGAUUUCUAAAAAUCAGCUAAAUUUUGGUAGUCUUUAUGAAGAAGUUAUGAAGAUGGAUGGAUUUGAAGAAAAUAUGCUUGCGUCUGCAUUUGACCAUUUGAAUGGGGAUGAAAAACAAGCAAGGUCAUUCAUGUUGAAAAAUGACAAGCUCCGUAGACAAUGGCUGCAGAACUUCUUUGACAACUAUUUAAGCCAAUUUUGAUUAUGUAGGUGCAUUUUUGUUAGAAUUUAUGCUUUUCUAUUUGGACAAUUUGGCAUUUUGGUAUUUAUCAGACUAUUUGGCAUCUAGUUUGUAGGUUUUGAGAUCAUUAUAAUGGGUAUUGGUUUGCAACUUUUAGUCCUUUUGUUUCAUGGGCAUGUGGAUUUGGAAGCAACUUUUAGUCCUUUUGU